AUGGAGCGAAAAAAUGUAUCCAGAACUCCCCAGUUGAAACCUCCUUUCACUCUUGGUGAUGUUAAGAAAGCAAUUCCCCCUCAUUGCUUUGAGCGUCCUGUUCUUCGCUCUUUCUCAUUCCUUCUCUUUGAUGUCGUCAUGUUAUGCUCCCUUUUCUGCAUUUUCGCAAAAUUUAUCAUUACAGAGCAGUCUCGGUUUUAUUUCCUUGUGUAUAUGGUCAUGUACUCACAGCUUCAAGGCUGUGUGUUCUCUCGGUUUUGGAUCAUAGGCCAUGAAUGUGGUCAUAAUGCUUUUAGUGACUACAGAUGGCUGAAUGACACAGUCGGAUUCAUCGUCCACUCCUUCCUCCUGUUUCCUUACUUCUCAUGGAAGUACAAUCACCGUCGUCACCACUCCAGAACAGGACAUCUGCACAAAGAAGAAUUCAACGGCCCAAUGCUCAAGUCUGAGGUUCCCUUAAUUUUCAAGCACCUGAUCACGAAUCCUGCAACAAGAUUCUUGGUUACUUUCAUAGUUUUAGCUUUUGGUGUGCCUCUAUACUUGCUUGUCAACUUUCGUGGUCGAGCUUAUGAUCGAUUUGCCUCCCAAUUUGAUCCCUAUAGUCCCAUGUUUUCACGUAACCAACGCGCUCAAGUCUUUGUUUCUGAUGCUGCAUUUCUGACCAUGGUCUAUGCACUGUACAAACUUGUUUCAUUGAAAGGCUUUGCAUGGGUUGCUUGUGCUUACGGAGGACCAUACCUAGUUCAGACUUCUAAUGUCUUCCUAGUAGCUAUACUUCAACACACGCACCCUUUCGUACCUUUCUACGAUUCCAGUGAGUGGGAUUGGCUAAGGGGAUCUCUGGGUACCAUUGACAGAGAUUUUGGAAUUCUCAAUACUAUGCAUUAUCAAUCAACAAAUACUCAUGUAGCUCACCAUCUGUUCCCAACAAUCCCACAUUACCAUGCAAAGGAAGCCACUGAAGCCAUUAAGCCUAUUCUGGGGGAAUACUAUCGGUAUGAUGACACCCCAAUCUAUAAAGCACUGUGGACUACUUUUAAGGAAUGUGUUUAUGUUGAGGAAGAUGAAGGUGACCAAAACAAAGGGAUAUAUUGGUAUAAAUAUAAGUUCUGA